AGCGUAGAAAAAGUUUUCAUCAACAGCCGCCAUUUUGCGCUGGAGAGACUGAGAAGAAUUUCGGAAUUUGUCGUGUAAAUUUUCUGUUUUUUCUUACAUCAUUUUAUCAUAAACUAUACCAUUCCGUGCAUUUUAAAGUGUUAAGUGAAAUCGUGUUGUUGGAUCGCUAAAAUAAGUUCUAUAAAGUGGCAAAAAUCUGGUGAUAUUGUUUUCAUUCAUUGUGCUAGUUCCGACGGAAGAUGGUGAGAGGGUCUGUGUAGCUCUUCGAUUCGGAGCUUUGUAAUGGCGAAUACUUAGUGAGAAUUUGUAAUAUGUGCCUUCAAUGGUGCGAAGGACAUCGAACGAUCGGGAUGUGGGUGAAUUACAUUAUAAUGGAUGACAAAUCGCUUUAAAAUGUUAUUUCUUGAAAAUAUAAGACAUAAAAGUGUUCUUUGAAUCGGCGGGCCGAAUAUUGACGACGGCUUACGUUUAGUAAACAGAGCCAUGGCCGAUCAUCAUGUGGAUGAACCGCCGAACAAGCGGGCUAAAAUGAUCCGGGACCCUUUUCAGGGUCCCUCGGACGCCGCAGAUGGGUUUUCGAACCUUGACAUGUUCGACCUCGAGAACAACCUCCCAGACGAGCUCAUGGGGGGCUCGUGGGGCGAACAGACCGGCGUGCCGGGCCCCAAGCCCCCCGCGCAGGGUCCAGGGCCCGGGGGGCAGAUGGCCCCACAGCAGCUCAACGGAGACGAUCCCACUGCUGCGAUGCAGCGGCAAGUUCACAAUCACCUUAUACAACAAGUUUUUUCACAGGGCAAGGCUGGCUUAGUUGGCCACAACAACCCGCUUGGAUUGGGUAGUUUAGGCAGCAAGAGUCCAAAUUUACAGUCUCCUCCCAACGUUUCCGUGUCGAAGGACAUGAUGGGUGGCAUGCACCCGCAACUAAUGCCAAAUACAAGUCAUCCAAAUCAACUACAUUCGACUAUGCCGAUGAACUCUAUUCAAGGUGGUAUGGUGGCAAAUGUAGGAGGCAAUAUGAUAGUGACUAAUAGUAAUAUGACCGGUGCUGGGAUGCUCGGGAGCGGCAUCAUCAACAACGUCAACAAACAGCUCCCGCUCAUGGGCAAUAACCAUCACGGGCCGCAGCACCAUCCACACGCACAGGCGAUGGGCAACGGCCCGCUAGGCGGGCGCGUGAACGCCCUGGCGCCGGCGAUGCGCGGUGCGCUGCCGCACCACGCCCGAAUGUCAGCGCCGAGCGGCGGGCACCCUAUCGCGCCGUACCACCCCGCGUACGGCACGUCGCCCGGCGCGCCCGGCGUGCAGCCGCAGCGGCCGCAGGGGCUGCGGUUCGGCGCGCCCGAGCAGCAGGGCGGCCAGGCGCCGCAGGCCGUGCCCCCCGCGCCCAGCCCGCAGACCCCCGGCGCGCCGGCCGGCGGGCAGAGCCAGCCGCAGGCCGCCACACAAGGCGCGGCGCCGCCCGGCCCCGGCGGCCCCCAACAGGCGCCCUCGGGCUCCAUCGCGGACCCAGAGAAGCGCAAGCUCAUCCAGCAACAAUUGGUGCUGCUGCUGCACGCGCACAAGUGCCAGCGGCGGGAGUCGCAGAACAACGGCGAGAUCUGGCAGUGCACGCUCCCCCACUGCAAGACCAUGAAGGGCGUGCUCAACCAUAUGAUGUCCUGUCAGGCUGGCAAAAACUGUGCAGUUCCUCACUGCUCUUCGUCUCGACAAAUCAUAAACCACUGGAAACACUGUAAUAAGAAUGACUGCCCAGUCUGCCUGCCCCUCAAACAGGCAGACCGGUCUAGAAAUAAUACACAAAUCAAUGCCGCGGCGUCGGCGGCGCCACCGGGGGUGACGGUGGGGGCGGGGGCGGGGGUGACGGUGGGCGCGGGGGCGGGGGCGGCGGCGGGCGCGGGCGCGCAGCCGGCGCCGGACAUGAAGCGCGCGUACGAGGCGCUGGGCAUCGCGUGCCCCACCAGCGUGGGCAUGUUCCCGCGCGCGCGCCUGCCCGGCCCGCGGCCGCCGCUGACCGACGUGCAGCCCGGCGGGCCCAUGCAGCCGCUGUUCCAGCACAGCAUGCCCGACUCCAUGCAGCACCAGCAGCUGAUGGGAGCCGGCACAAUCCAACUUCCCGGCGGGCCCGUCACCGCCAACCCCGUCUCUGGCACGAAGGAGUGGCACCAGUCUAUAACAGCCGAUCUCAGAAACCAUCUUGUUCAUAAACUGGUGCAAGCUAUCUUCCCAACGCCAGACCCCACAGCAAUGUUAGAUAAGAGAAUGCACAACCUAGUAGCGUACGCGAGGAAAGUCGAGGGCGACAUGUACGAGAUGGCCAGCACGCGCUCAGAGUACUACCACCUGCUGGCCGAGAAGAUAUACAAGAUACAGAAGGAGUUAGAAGAGAAGAGACAGAAGAGGAAGGAGCAGCAGCUGCAGGCGCAGCAGCAGCAGGGGCUGCAGCAGCCCGGCAUGCCUCCCGGUGGCAAGGUGAUGGCGGGCGCGCGGCCCUCGGGCCCCGGCGGGGUGGGCGCCGCGCAGGGCCCGGGCCCGGGCGCGGGCGCCGGCAUGCCGCGGGCGGGCGCGCCGCUCGGCAUGCGCAUCCCGUCGCCCGGCAUGGGCGGGCUGCUGGCGGGCGGCCGCAUGGCCUUCCCCGCCGCGCCGCCCGGGCCCUCGCCCGGCCUGCCGCCCACGCCCAACGGCGCGCAGCCCGGCAUGUCUCCCUUCCAGGCCAUGGCCUCGCCCGCGCCCUCCGCGCCCUCCGCCGCGCCGCCGUACGCGCCCCUCCAGACCAACGGGCCCGGCUCCGCGCUCGACCCCGCCCAGCAGCAGCACCAGGUGCAGCCCGACCAGGCUAAGAUGCGACUGUCGGGCGGGCCGGCCGCCAGCCCCUUCAUGAACCACGCGUUCGGGCGCGCGUCGCCGUCCCCCGGGCCGGGCGGCGCGGGCGCGGGCGCGCCGCCGCCCGCCACGCCCAGCACGCCGGCGCCGCCCACGCCCGCGCCGGCGCCCUCGCCGCCGCCCGAGCCGGCGCCCGCGCCCGCGCCCGCGCCCGACGUGCGCAUCAAGGACGAGCCCGCCGACCCCGACGUCGGCGGCAAGAACAUGCGCGACGAGCCCGCCGACUCCGCCGCCGCCAACUGCGCCCCGCCGCCGACCAAUGACACCUUCGCGCCCGUCAAGCAGGAGAUCAAGCAAGAGAUUAAGACGGAGAUUAAAGAGGAGCCCGUGGAAGCCACGAGCAGCGUGGAGCCGGCCAGCGGUCCGAAGCGCAUAUUCGUGUUCAAGCCCGAAGACCUGCGCCAAGCCCUCAUGCCGACGCUGGAGAAGAUGUUCCGCCUGGACGAGUCCUCGCCCUUCCGCCAGCCCGUGGACGCGCAGGCGCUCGGCAUCCCCGACUACUUCGACAUCGUCACCAAGCCCAUCGACCUGUCCACCAUCAAGAUGAAGCUCGACCGCGGCGAGUACAAGGACCCCUGGGAGUACGUGGACGACGUCUGGCUCAUGUUCGAUAACGCGUGGCUUUAUAAUAGGAAGAAUUCCAGGGUCUACAGAUACUGUACGAAGCUGUCAGAGGUGUUCGAGCAAGAGAUCGACCCGGUGAUGCAGAGCCUGGGCUACUGCUGCGGGCGGAAGUACACGUUCAACCCGCAGGUGCUGUGCUGCUACGGCAAGCAGCUCUGCACCAUCCCGAGGGACGCCAAGUACUUCAGCUACCAGAACAGUCUAAAAGCGUAUGGGGUUGUGUCCGAUAGAUACACCUUCUGCCAGAAAUGCUUCAACGACAUCCAGGGCGACACCGUCACGCUCGGCGACGAUCCCAUGCAGACGCAAACAGCGAUCAAAAAGGAUCAGUUCAAAGAGAUGAAGAACGACCACCUGGAACAAGAGCCGUUCGUCGUGUGCAUGGACUGCGGUCGCAAGCAGCACCAGAUCUGCGUGCUGCACCACGACUCCAUCUGGCCCCAGGGCUUCUGCUGUGAUAACUGCCUCAAGAAGAAGGGGGCGAAGAGAAAAGAUAACAAGUUCUGCGCGAAGAGGCUGCCCUCGUCCAAGCUCGGCCAGUAUAUAGAGACUAGAGUCAACAACUUCCUUAAGAAGAAAGAGGCCGGCUCGGGCGAGGUGCAUAUCAGGGUGGUUGCGUCGUCGGAUAAGGUGGUGGAGGUGAAGCCCGGCAUGCGCUCGCGGUUCGUGGACUCGGGCGAGCUGUGCGCCGAGUUCCCGUACCGGGCCAAGGCAUUGUUCGCAUUCGAGGAGGUCGACGGCGUCGACGUCUGCUUCUUUGGCAUGCAUGUCCAGGAAUACGGGAGCGAAAGUCCAUCACCGAACACGAGGCGUGUUUACAUAGCAUAUCUAGACUCGGUACACUUCUUCAACCCGCAGCAGUACCGGACGGCGGUGUACCACGAGAUACUAUUAGGUUACCUAGACUACGCCAAGCAGCUGGGCUACACCAUGGCCCACAUCUGGGCCUGCCCGCCCUCUGAGGGCGACGACUACAUUUUCCACUGCCAUCCGCCUGAGCAAAAAAUACCCAAACCCAAAAGACUACAGGAGUGGUACAAGAAAAUGUUAGACAAGGGUAUUAUAGAGAGGAUAAUUUUAGACUACAAAGAUAUACUUAAGCAAGCGAUGGAGGACAACAUCUCGUCGGCGGCGGAACUGCCGUAUUUCGAAGGGGACUUCUGGCCCAAUGUGCUGGAGGAGUCCAUCAAGGAGCUGGACCAGGAGGAGGAGGAGAAGAGAAAACAGGCUGAAGCCGCUGAGGCAGUGAUAUUCCAGUCGUCGGAGGACAACGAAGCGGGUCCCGACGGCAAGAAGAAGGGCCAGAAGAAAGCCAAGAAGUCAAACAAAUCGAAGGCGGCGCAGAGGAAGAACAGCAAGAAGCAGAGCGACCAGCAGCAGGGGAGCGACCUCAGUGCGAAGAUAUUCGCGACGAUGGAGAAACACAAAGAGGUGUUCUUCGUCAUUAGGCUACAUUCCGCGCAGUCCGCUGCCAGCUUAGCGCCGAUCGGGGACCCCGACCCGCUGGUGAACUGCGACCUGAUGGACGGGCGCGACGCCUUCCUCACCAUGGCGCGCGACCGCCACUACGAGUUCUCCUCCACCCGCCGCGCGCGCUUCUCCACGCUCUGCAUGCUCUACGAGCUGCACAACCAGGGCCAGGACAAGUUCGUCUACACCUGCAACUCCUGCAAGUCCCACGUCGAGACGCGCUACCACUGCACCGUCUGCGACGACUUCGACCUCUGCGUGCCCUGCUACGAGAAGGAGGGCCACCCGCACCGCAUGGAGAAGCUCGGCCUCGACAUCGACGUGGGCUCCUCCCCCGGCGACAUGAAGCAGGCCAACCCGCAGGAGGCGCGCAAGCUCUCCAUCCAGCGCUGCAUCCAGUCGCUCGUGCACGCGUGCCAGUGCCGCGACGCCAACUGCCGCCUGCCCUCGUGCCAGAAGAUGAAGCGCGUCGUCGCGCACACCAAGAUCUGCAAGCGGAAGACGAAGGGCGACUGCCCGAUCUGCAAGCAGCUCAUCGCGCUGUGCUGCUACCACGCGAAACACUGUCAGGAGACCAAGUGCUCGGUGCCGUUCUGCUCGAGCAUCAAGCAGAAGCUGAAGCAGCAGCAGGUGCAGCAGCGCGUGCAGCAGCAGCAGCUGCUGCGGCGGCGCAUGGCGGCCAUGAACACGCGCGGCAUGCCCGCGGCCGGCCCCAGCCCGCCGCCCGCGCCGGCGCUGGGCUCGCCGCCGCCCUCCAAGCCCGCGCCGCACGCGCUGCCGCACAACGUGCAGAAGGCGCUCCAGCAGGUGCAGGAAGAGGCGGCGCGGCAGCAGGCGCCGUCGUACGGCAAGCAGGCGGCCGUGGGCGCGGUGCGCGGCGCCGACUGGGCCGCGCGCUACCGCGCCGGCGCGCCGCCGCCGCUGCACCACCCGCUGCACCCGCGCCACGUGCACCCGCCCGUGCACCACCACCCCGCCGCCGCCGCCGCGCUGCAGCAGCACCAGCACCUCGCCUCGCUGCAGCACCACACGCCGCUGCAGGUACGUCACAGGAACCCGCCGCCUACUGGGCCGCGCGCUACCGCGCCGGCGCGCCGCCGCCGCUGCACCACCCGCUGCACCCGCGCCACGUGCACCCGCCCGUGCACCACCACCCCGCCGCCGCCGCCGCGCUGCAGCAGCACCAGCACCUCGCCUCGCUGCAGCACCACACGCCGCUGCAGGUACGUCACAGGAACCCGCCGCCUACUGGGCCGCGCGCUACCGCGCCGGCGCGCCGCCGCCGCUGCACCACCCGCUGCACCCGCGCCACGUGCACCCGCCCGUGCACCACCACCCCGCCGCCGCCGCCGCGCUGCAGCAGCACCAGCACCUCGCCUCGCUGCAGCACCACACGCCGCUGCAGGUACGUCACAGGAACCCGCCGCCUACUGGGCCGCGCGCUACCGCGCCGGCGCGCCGCCGCCGCUGCACCACCCGCUGCACCCGCGCCACGUGCACCCGCCCGUGCACCACCACCCCGCCGCCGCCGCCGCGCUGCAGCAGCACCAGCACCUCGCCUCGCUGCAGCACCACACGCCGCUGCAGGUACGUCACAGGAACCCGCCGCCUACUGGGCCGCGCGCUACCGCGCCGGCGCGCCGCCGCCGCUGCACCACCCGCUGCACCCGCGCCACGUGCACCCGCCCGUGCACCACCACCCCGCCGCCGCCGCCGCGCUGCAGCAGCACCAGCACCUCGCCUCGCUGCAGCACCACACGCCGCUGCAGGUACGUCACAGGAACCCGCCGCCUACUGGGCCGCGCGCUACCGCGCCGGCGCGCCGCCGCCGCUGCACCACCCGCUGCACCCGCGCCACGUGCACCCGCCCGUGCACCACCACCCCGCCGCCGCCGCCGCGCUGCAGCAGCACCAGCACCUCGCCUCGCUGCAGCACCACACGCCGCUGCAGGUACGUCACAGGAACCCGCCGCCUACUGGGCCGCGCGCUACCGCGCCGGCGCGCCGCCGCCGCUGCACCACCCGCUGCACCCGCGCCACGUGCACCCGCCCGUGCACCACCACCCCGCCGCCGCCGCCGCGCUGCAGCAGCACCAGCACCUCGCCUCGCUGCAGCACCACACGCCGCUGCAGGUACGUCACAGGAACCCGCCGCCUACUGGGCCGCGCGCUACCGCGCCGGCGCGCCGCCGCCGCUGCACCACCCGCUGCACCCGCGCCACGUGCACCCGCCCGUGCACCACCACCCCGCCGCCGCCGCCGCGCUGCAGCAGCACCAGCACCUCGCCUCGCUGCAGCACCACACGCCGCUGCAGGUACGUCACAGGAACCCGCCGCCUACUGGGCCGCGCGCUACCGCGCCGGCGCGCCGCCGCCGCUGCACCACCCGCUGCACCCGCGCCACGUGCACCCGCCCGUGCACCACCACCCCGCCGCCGCCGCCGCGCUGCAGCAGCACCAGCACCUCGCCUCGCUGCAGCACCACACGCCGCUGCAGGUACGUCACAGGAACCCGCCGCCUACUGGGCCGCGCGCUACCGCGCCGGCGCGCCGCCGCCGCUGCACCACCCGCUGCACCCGCGCCACGUGCACCCGCCCGUGCACCACCACCCCGCCGCCGCCGCCGCGCUGCAGCAGCACCAGCACCUCGCCUCGCUGCAGCACCACACGCCGCUGCAGGUACGUCACAGGAACCCGCCGCCUACUGGGCCGCGCGCUACCGCGCCGGCGCGCCGCCGCCGCUGCACCACCCGCUGCACCCGCGCCACGUGCACCCGCCCGUGCACCACCACCCCGCCGCCGCCGCCGCGCUGCAGCAGCACCAGCACCUCGCCUCGCUGCAGCACCACACGCCGCUGCAGGUACGUCACAGGAACCCGCCGCCUACUGGGCCGCGCGCUACCGCGCCGGCGCGCCGCCGCCGCUGCACCACCCGCUGCACCCGCGCCACGUGCACCCGCCCGUGCACCACCACCCCGCCGCCGCCGCCGCGCUGCAGCAGCACCAGCACCUCGCCUCGCUGCAGCACCACACGCCGCUGCAGGUACGUCACAGGAACCCGCCGCCUACUGGGCCGCGCGCUACCGCGCCGGCGCGCCGCCGCCGCUGCACCACCCGCUGCACCCGCGCCACGUGCACCCGCCCGUGCACCACCACCCCGCCGCCGCCGCCGCGCUGCAGCAGCACCAGCACCUCGCCUCGCUGCAGCACCACACGCCGCUGCAGGUACGUCACAGGAACCCGCCGCCUACUGGGCCGCGCGCUACCGCGCCGGCGCGCCGCCGCCGCUGCACCACCCGCUGCACCCGCGCCACGUGCACCCGCCCGUGCACCACCACCCCGCCGCCGCCGCCGCGCUGCAGCAGCACCAGCACCUCGCCUCGCUGCAGCACCACACGCCGCUGCAGGUACGUCACAGGAACCCGCCGCCUACUGGGCCGCGCGCUACCGCGCCGGCGCGCCGCCGCCGCUGCACCACCCGCUGCACCCGCGCCACGUGCACCCGCCCGUGCACCACCACCCCGCCGCCGCCGCCGCGCUGCAGCAGCACCAGCACCUCGCCUCGCUGCAGCACCACACGCCGCUGCAGCAACAAACACAACAGCAGCAGCAACAGCAAGCGCAGCAGCAGCAAGUCCAGCAGCAGCAACAGCAGCAGCAGCAGCAGCAAGUGCAGCAGCAGGCGGCGGCGGCGCGGGCGGGCGCGGCGGCGGGCGCGGGCGCGGGCGCGGCGCCGCAGAUGCACCAGAAGGCGCUGCAGCAGCUCAUGGCCACGCUGCGCUCGCCCACCAGCCACAACCAGCAGCAGGAGAUCCUGCAGAUACUCAAGUCCAACCCGCCGCUCAUGGCCGCCUUCAUCAAGCAGCGACAGAACGCCCAGAACCAGCAAGCGGCUGGGAACGUGGGCAACGUGAGCGGCGUCGGCGUUGGCGUCGGCGUCGGCGUGGGCGGCGGCGUCGGCGUGGGCGGCGGCGGCGUAGGCGUCGGCGCGCUCGGCGUCGGCGCGCAGCAGCCGCUGCAGCACAUGAUGCAGCAGCCGCGCAUGCAGCCCAUGCAUCAGAUGCUGCCCCAGCAAGGACAGGUGGGCGGCAUGGGGCCGGGGCUGGCGCACGGCGCGGGCUGGCUGCGGGCGGGGGGGGGGGGGGUGGCGCCAGCAGCAGCGCGGCCGUACGGCGUGCGGCACGGCGCGCGCUACUUCGGCGCGGGCGCGCUGCCGCGCUCGCCGCCCGCGUCGUCGCCGCGGCCGGCGGGCGAGCUGCUGCUGCUGCGGCAGUCGCCCGCGCCGCCGCCGCCGCUGCCGCCGGACGACCAGCUGCCGCCCAUGACGCCGCAGGACCAGCUGACCAAGUUCGUCGAACAGUUGUAGUGUACAUAGUGCCGCGCCCUGUAAAUAUAGCCCGCGCCCGCCCGCCCUAUUUAUUUACGAUACGAUUAUCGUUAGCGACGACUAAAUUAAGUAUUAUGAACGAAUCGAGCGCUCAAUGUACAAAUUGUAAAUAUGAGAGGAGUACACGUGUCCGCUUCUAAUUAAUGUAAGUUGUUCGUAGUGUAGGUACAUUAUGAUACUUAUUCUGUUUAUUGUAAUUAAAUCAUUUUAUAAUAUAAUUAUGUGAUCAUUAUAAA